UCUCUUUCUCUCUUAACCUGAAACCAGAAAAUGCAACUUUGAUUUGAUGGAGGACAAGAAAGCCAACAUAAUAGCUGCUUCAUCAGUGAUCAUCCUCAUCAUUUUCAUCAUCGUCGCUCGCGUGUCUCUCAAGCUUUCCAGUACUUUCUAUCUCAUUUGUGGAGCAGGAAUUGCUGUGAUCCUUGCUGUGUUUGCAUGGCUAAUAAUCAGACAUCACUACAAUUACAGGCGAAAACAGAUGGAAUCACAGUACAAAUCCGAAGGACGUGAGCUAAGGAUAGAGUACAGCUUCCUCCGAAAAGUAGCUGGAGUUCCCACAAAGUUUAGGUUCAAUGAGCUAGAAGAAGCCACAGACAACUUCAAGGCAUUGCUUGGCCAAGGGGCUUCUGCUAAAGUGUUCAAAGGCAUUCUAAGUGAUGGAACUCCUGUUGCAGUAAAAAGGCUUGAUGUGGAGGAGCGGGGCGAUAGGGAAUUUAGAUCAGAAGUUUCUGCAAUAGCUAGUCUACAACAUGUGAAUCUUGUGAGGCUUCUUGGAUAUUGCUGUGUUAGUCCUGCAGGGCCCCGGUUCCUCGUGUAUGACUUCAUCUCAAAUGGCUCAUUAGAUGGUUGGAUUUUCAAUAGAAAGGUAAGGUCUAAUCGCCGAGGAGGGUGUUUGUCUUGGGACUUGAGGUACAGAGUUGCUAUUGAUGUUGCCAAGGCACUUUCUUAUCUGCAUCAUGAUUGCAGGAAAAGGAUCUUGCACCUUGAUGUUAAGCCGGAAAAUAUUCUCUUGGAUGAGAAUUUUAGAGCAAUUGUGGCAGAUUUUGGUCUGUCAAAACUAAUGGGAAGAGAGGAGAGUAGUGUCAUGACAACAAUAAGGGGCACUAGAGGGUACUUAGCUCCUGAGUGGCUGUUGGAGCAUGGAAUUUCAGAGAAAUCGGAUACUUAUAGCUAUGGAAUGGUGCUCCUUGAGAUGAUUGGAGGCAGAAGAAAUGUGAGUUUCAUUGAAAUGGGUACUCAUAAUAGGCCUCAUAGGAAAUGGCAAUACUUCCCCAAAACUGUGAAUGAGAAAAUGAGAGAAGGCAAACUCAUGGAGAUUGUUGAUCAGAGACUAUUAGAUAGUGGAGGGAUUGAUGAGAGAGAAUUGAAAAGGCUAGUUCAUGUAGCCAUUUGGUGCAUACUAGAGAGGGCUAGUCUCAGGCCUCCUAUGUCUGAAGUGGUUGAAAUGCUUGAAGGUGGUUUGAUUGUGGAGCAGCCUCCUGAUACUCAAAUGACCAUUGUAGAUUUCUUGUCACUAGAAGAAGAAUCCCAGCCACAGAUCAAUGGUCAUCACGGGCCAGACAUUGUUGCUGCCUUGGCAGCUCAACAAGUAGAUAGCAGUAAUGAAAACUCAUCCUCAGUUUACUCAUAUGGAACUGCAAUGUCUGCUAUAACACCGAGAUAACUCAACUCCAUUAUGGCCUUCUUCCUUAAACUCCGUGGUAAAUUUUCUGCAGCUUGUAACAUAUAUGAGACUUUUUCUGUAUACUCAAAAAAUUGAUGUUCUAUCUGUGAAUUAAAUGUAU